AUGGUAACAAAGACUGUGAAGUGUUGGUACUGCAGUAAGAGGCAUGCUUCUUUAGUUCAGCUAAGAGGGAAUGUUUUUGAUUCUCUCAGCUGUUUGACCAACAACAACCUGCCAGAUAAGAUUUAGCCAAAACUAUUAGUAUCAAUACAUGUGAAUGUGGAACCCCAAAUGAUUAUAAGCACACCGCAAAGAUUGACCAAUUCAGGAAGUGUUCUGAUUGGAAAUUCAUAUACCACAGUGCCAGCCAUGGUCACUCAGACACAUAUAACAGAAGCCACUGGCUGGGUCCCAGGGGACAGAAAACGAACUCGAGAUUUUAUGGAAACAGAUUUUUCAGAAAGUAAAAGAAGCAAGAAAGGAGAUAAGAACGGCAAGGGUCUAAGGCAUUUUUCAAUGAAAGUGUGUGAAAAGGUCCAGCGUAAAGGAACAACAUCAUAUAAUGAAGUUGCAGAUGAGCUGGUAUCAGAAUUUACAAAUUGUAAUACCCUCUUAGCUACAGGUUCAGCUUAUGACCAGAAGAAUAUUAGACGUAGAGUUUAUGAUGCACUCAAUGUGUUAAUGGCAAUGAACAUUAUUUCAAAGGAGAAAAAAGAAAUCAGAUGGAUAGGUCUUCCUACGAACUCAGCUCAAGAAUGUCAAAAUCUGGAGAUUGAGAAACAGCGACGUAUAGAACGAAUAAAACAGAAGAGAGCUCAGCUGCAAGAGCUUCUACUGCAGCAAAUUACUUUCAAGAAUUUGGUACAAAGAAAUCAACAAAAUGAACAGGAGGAUCAGAGCCCUCCAGCUUUGAACUCUACCAUCAAGCUGCCUUUUCUCAUAAUAAACACAAACAAAAGAACAAUUAUAGAUUGCAGCAUCUCUCCUGAUAAAUUUGAAUACCUCUUUAAGUUUGAUAAUACCUUUGAGAUCCAUGAUGACACUGAAGUUUUGAAGAGAAUGGGAAUGUCAUUUGGUCUAGAGGCAGGCAGAUGCUCAUCAGAAGAUCUAAGAGCUGCUAAAUCCCUGGUGCCAAAAGCUUUCAAAAGCUAUGUCACAGACAUGUCUGCAGGAAUUUCUUGGGUGAACAAGGGGCUAGUUUUCAGUUCUUCUCAAGCAGGUUUACCUUUUGAUAUAGUGGGUGAUGUUCCUAUUUCUAAAUCAAGUGGAAAUCCAGGGCUGUGUCUGGAUGCUGAAGUGGCCCUAGCAACAGGACACCUUGUGGCCCCCAGCAGUCAGCAGUCCAGCGGUGCAACAUCACACUACUCAGAGUCACGUGGUGAAACCCCAUGUUCAUUCAAUGAUGAGGAUGAGGACGAGGAUGAAGACGACCCCUCUUCACCAGAAUGA